UGGGAGAGAAGGAGCCAUGUCAGAAGAAGCUGUUACUGAGGCACGACUUUCUCUGAAGACAGUAGCUUUACGGGUAUUUCAUCUUCCCCUUUCUUGGUAUUAUUCUCUUAACCAGAUAAAGCUUUCCCCUGGGUUAAAGAAGCUGUUCACGGUAACAGCAGUGAGUGCAAUAUCUGUUAUUUUUCUGGCCCAUCAUUUUAAAAGAAGACGUGGAAAGAAAAACAAGAAAGUGCCACCAUGGGAACCGAGUCAUCUAGUAUUGGAGUGUACCAAAGCAGCUGCAUCAGAAAAAGGUUCUAGUUGUUCCAGUAGUCGGCAAAAUUUGACUCUUUCUCUGAGCUCUGCCAAGGAAAAAGGAUCUCAGCCUUGUAUCUAUACAAAUGGAGGACUUUUCAGUAAAUACUCCGGUUCAGUUCAGAGUCUGGCCUCGGUUCAGAGUGCCACCUCUUGUCACAGUUGUGCUUGUGCCAAUUCUAAUUCUUGGGAUAAAGCAGAUGAAGAUGAUAUUAAGCUUGUCAAUAUUCCAGUGACCACACCUGAAAAUUUGUAUUUGAUGGGUAUGGAGCUUUUUGAAGAAGCACUGCGUCGAUGGGAGCAGGCACUAACUUUCCGUAACAGGCAAGUUGAAGAUGAAGCAAGUUGUGUUUCCAUUAAGCUGGGAGCAGGAGAUGCAAUUGCAGAAGAAAGUGUAGAAGAUAUCAUUAGUGCUGAAUUCAUUCAUAAGCUUGAAUCCCUUCUUCAAAGAGCUUAUCGUCUUCAGGAGGAGUUUGAGGCCACCCUUGGGGCCUCUGAUCCUGCUUCUCUAGCUAAUGAUAUUGAUAAAAAUACAGACAUUACUAUAAAGGAUAAUAUGGAUGAUUUCUGCCUUCGAGAUACAUUAAGCAUUGCAUCAACUGACUCCUUUGUUUCCACAGCUGAGCUUACAGAGCACAGAGAGAUUCGUAAUACGUAUGGUCUAGAUUCCCUUUGCCAUUGCCCAUUGUAUGAAGAAGCCAUGCACUUAGCAGAAGAAGGCAAAAUUUAUUCACGAGUGUUAAGGACUGAAAUGUUUGAAUGCCUAGGAGACAGUGACUUCCUUGCUAAGCUUCAUUGUAUUCGACAAGCUUUUCAGAUAAUUCUUUCAGAAACAGCAAACAGAGUAUUUCUUGCUGAAAGUGGAAGAAAAAUAUUGUCUGCUUUAAUUGUGAGAGCACGAAAGAAUCCAAAGAAAUUUGAAGAUGUCUUUGAUGAAAUGAUAUAUUUCUUGGAGCAAACAGAUCACUGGGAUAAUACUGAAAUGGAACUUGCUGCUAGAGGAGUGAAAAACCUGAAUUUUUAUGAUGUUGUUCUGGACUUCAUAUUAAUGGAUUCAUUUGAAGAUUUAGAAAAUCCACCAAUAUCUAUACAGAAUGUAGUAAAUAACCGCUGGCUAAAUUCCUCUUUUAAAGAAACAGCUGUGGCUUCAAGCUGUUGGUCAGUACUGAAGCAGAAAAGACAGCAAAUGAAGCAGGUGCCUGAUGGAUUUUUUGCACAUUUCUAUGCUAUAUGUGAACACAUCAGCCCUGUUUUGGCAUGGGGCUUUUUGGGCCCUAGAAAUUCCCUUUAUGACCUAUGCUGCUUCUUCAAGGAUCAAGUGCUUUUCUUCCUCAAAGACAUUUUUGAUUUUGAAAAGGUGAGAUACUCAACUAUGGAGAGUUUGGCUGAAGAUCUUAUGCAAUUAUUAAUCAGACACACUGAACUUUUAAUGGCCUAUCUUGGAGCAGAUUCACUAAGACAUGUCAGUGCUUGCGUAAGUGGUCAUGGGCACGUAAUGACCAGUGGGCUCUUAGAAGCAAAAGUACAGUAAACUUAAAAUCCAUGACAAAUGAAAUGGAGUGCACUUUGAUGUACUCCUUCCCACCUUUCUCUCUAACCCCGAAGCUAUCAUUGCUGUUACUGAGCAAGCAUCUGAAGAUAUAUCAUGUCGCUAAGUAUGGAAAAGGACUCAGGGAGGUUAAACGUACAUCUGCGAAAAGAACUGGUGAGCGUAUUAUUGUAUAUACCUGAAUUAAAUUUGCAGCUCAGCUGUCACUGUAUUUAUACGUAAUUUAUCCCAAAGCUUUUUUCUGUAAUAUUUGGGUAAAAUUUAUUUAUGAAAUACUGUACUUUUGCACAGAUAAUUUGUAAGUGAAGCUGCUGGAUUUGUUUCCUUUAAAGGCUUAUAGUACAAAAUGUUCAUUACAGAGUCUCCAAAUCAUUGUGUGUUUAGAUCUAGAAGGUGUUUUGACUGGGGUAUAUGCAGUCUUUGAUUCAUGUGACACGUCCAACAAAGUAAUCACACACUCAAAAUUGAACAUGUUGCCACUGCCCUGAAAUUACAUUUGUGUGGGUGUAAGCAGUCAUUUUGGUACUACAGUGUAAUAGAGUGAUGCAGGAAAUUCAGGCACCAUUUGGGCAGGAAUGACUUCCAGUAUGCAUUUUUUACUUCGUUUUGUUUUAAAAUAUCUAAACAUCA